AUGGACGACACGGACAUGACUGAUGUCGCUUACGAUAUUGACAUUGAUGUAGGCGCAGACAUUGAACCGGUAGCACAGCCGUCGCAACCACAGCAGGUUGUCCAGGAGCCGGCCGAGCAAGAACAAAACAUACCCGCCGCCUACCUUGAGGACAUCAUUGUCCACGAAGCAUGGCCCGAAUCGCUCAACCUCCAGGGCGUGAGCGACUUUGACCCCAACGACCCCCUCUACUGGGCGAUGGAGCAUUGCCAGUCAGACCCGCGCGUUAAGCAACUACGCUGGGUAAACGACAACUCGGUCAACCUCGAAUUCUACAAUAAGGAAGACGCGACCGUCGCACUAGGCAUCCUCACUCACUCCGACGUAGGCGACACCAGCAACCUCUCACUACAAGAGCCCCGCACAGCGCAACCAUACUCAAAGAAGCCCAACAGUCGCCUCGUCAUCAGGCAGUCCAACGCUGGCGACCAGAAGCCGAAGGGCGCAGCGACCAAGAGCAACUACUAUCAACGCAACCCAGACGUGGCUGGCAACCAUCAGAGGGAGCCGCGACGGAACCAAAAACCGCAGAAAGACUAUCUCGAUUAUGGCGACGAGGAAAUGGGCUCCAGGGACCGAUCAAGACGGGGGUACAGCCGAGACCAGUCCAUGGGCGACUCAGGCGCUGACCGAAGGGGCCCGCGCCGGAACGGACGAGACAACCGUGAUGGCCGUGAUGGACGAGAAGUCCGAGGUCGCGGUGGCAGAGGAGGUCGUCAGCCCGCUGAUGGCAGACUCAGGAACGACGACGUUGAUUCCUACCGACCCGGCUCAAGAAGUCCACAAGAGCCACGCUUCGGCCGUCUACGAGGACGCAGCGCCUCCCCUGCCUCCGACGAAGAAGGCGACGGUCGCUUCGGAUUCACAGAGAACGAGACCCACGCGGGCCGCCGUCGGUACCGCAGCCGGAGUCGCAGCCGCAACAACACUCGCCGUCGCCGUGAACCCAGCAUGGAUCGCUGGACACACGACCGGGCAAACUAUGAUCGCGGCGGCCCUGCGAGUGGUGGACGUUGGCAGAAGGACUCUUUCCUUGACACUUCGCCAAUGGGCCAUAACCACCACCGGUCAAACGCCAUCGACGCAACAUACGGAUCAAACAAGUCACGAGGAGGGGAUUCGCUACUUUCUCGCAUGACCAAGAACGGACAGCCCGUGCUCCCGCAACAGAAGCGGUCGCUAGCCGAUAGGAUCACACGCGAUGAUGACGAUCCCGCUGAGUCGUUUGGUCGCCUCAAGGGUGACGACCGCGAUCCCUAUGUCACCGACUUCUCUGAGCCGUCACAGCCUCGACGAGGUCUCGCUGAUCGCAUCACACGCGAUGACGAUAUCAGCAUCCGUGGCCAAGGACGUGCACGCAGCCAGGAAGGAAUCAACAUCCGCGGAUCUGCUGAUCGGCGUGGCGGAGGAGGUGGUGGUAUCAACAUACGUGGUGUGGCGAGCGGUGCCUAG